UGUGUGUGUGUGUACGGUAGUUUGUACAAAUACAAUGAUCAAUUCAUAAUAAAUUGUUGAUCUCAUUAUAUAUAAUCAUCUCAUCGAUGAAAUAAAUCAAACUAAAUGAAUGAACAUGUCUUUAUAUUGUACAUUACCACGACGUAAUCGUCGUUCAUCAACAUCGAUAAUUUCAUCGGUCAAUCCAACGUUAUUGACCACAAACAUUCGUGAUAAUGCGAAUAUUAUGAUGAAUAAUGAUCUGUUAUCAUCACGUGGAUGGAUUUGUGGUGGCCUUGUAUCAUCGACAACAUCUUUUGCUAAACCACAAUCAUUUUCAACAAACACUACUAAUGAUACAUCAUCAUCAUCAUCAAUGAUACCGCCAAGACCUUAUGGUAAUGUUGGUGAACAAUCUUGUAAUGGACAUUCGAUUGAAACAGGAUCGAUAAUGGCUCCAAUAUCACCACAAUCCGAUUAUCUUAAUUUCUAUAAUACAUUAAAUUACAAAAAUCAAGAUUCAUUGUGUUCAAAUCAAACAUCAUUGCCAACAUCAACUAGUUUUAAUGGCCACUUAUCAUCAUGGACAUCUUUCAAUGAUCAUUAUUAUUCAUCUCGUGUUGAGAAUCAUAAUUUUCAUCCAAUAGCCAUAACACCACCAACUGAAACAUCAGAUACAGUGACAUUUACUGAAUCUGUCACAUCAACAUUCGAUGAAUAUUCAUCAAAUUCAGGACCAUCAACAAAAUUAUAUUAUGCUUGUGAUUCAAUACAGCUUCCAUCACAAUCAUCAUUGAAUAAUAAUAAUAAAUCAUCGUUGACUAGACCACGAACUAUGCCCAAUUUUUAUGGCACAAUCGAUGAAGAUGGAUUGGAUCCAGAUGAUGACGAAGAUGAGGAUGAAGAAGAUCUACAAAGUUCAAAUGAAGAUUUUAUUACAGGAGCUUCUGUUGAUGCAUACGGUUGUUCUGUUGAAGAUAUAACUGAAGUAGAUGAAGAUCAAGAUAGUGAAGAAGAUUAUUUCGAUGAAUUAGAACGACAACAACGUGAACGUGUAGCUCGAAUGUUUGAUCUUAGUAUUCCAUCGAAUUCUAAAAGCCAUCAUAAUCAUAAUCAUCAUCAUCAUCAUCAUCAUACAGGAACGAACAUUUUGUCCUUUAAUCGUUACUCAUCAUUUCGUUCACGUUCUAGACAAAGUCUUCGAAAUCUUUCUAUGCGUUUAAGUAAAUUUUAUCGUCCAAAAAUUCUAUCAUCAUCAUCAUCAUCAUUUUGUCGAUGAUGAAAAAUUUCGAAACAACAAUAAUCGAGCAACAACAACAACACAAACAUCAACACCUUUAUUAAACUCACGUAAAAACAAUUACUUUUGUUAUCGACCAACAAUAACAAAUGAUUAUGUUGAAGAUCAAUCAUCAUCGUUGCCUACAUCCGCAUUCAAUGGAAAAAACAAUCAUGACAAGAACAACAAGAUAAAACGACGAUUACAAGAAAAUUUUAACCAUCAUAAUAGAUUGAAAACAUUUUGGAAGGAUAAAAUCUGGAGAGAAUUUCUUAUGUUGAAAUCAUCAUGGAAUUCGACAACUUCAUCAUCACCAUCAUCAUCGACAUUGCCUUCAAUGAUAAAUUCGCGUGUAGGUGUUCGAAGAAAUUCCAUCAAUGACUUUAAUUAUCAUAAAUUAGCAAACGGUAUGCAGCAACAAACACAUACAUUAUCAACACCAUCAACAACGUCAUCAUCAUCAUCAUCAUCAUCAUCAUCAUCACAACAUCAUCAUCGUUUUCAUCGCCAUUGAAUCGUUAUUUCGAACGUUAUUUUUCAUCCUCUCGU